AUGAAGACUGUGAUUCUGCUGCUUGGUCUCCUCGGAUGGGCUCAGUCCUUGCCAAAGCAACUUAACUCUGCUUUGGAAGUUUCUCCAACAAAACCAGCUCCAGACCAGGUGACACCACUCAGCCAACAGCAGCCUACUCAGGUCUUCCCUUCCUUAAGUCUAAUAUCACUAACACAACUGCUCACCCUGGCGUCAGACCUGCAAUUGCUUACUCCAGCCUCAGGGACAAAACCUGGGGCCCAGACACUUCAGUUAUCCCUGGGAGCAUUGCAAGGACAAAAUCAGCUGCAACCACAGUUAUUACCAAUUUUUGUAGCACAACUUGGAGCCCCGGCUGCCAUCCUGAGCUCUGAAGAACUGCCAUUGGCCCCCCAGAUCUUCACUGGCCUCCUCCUGAAUCCUUUGUUCCCAGAAGGCACCCUGCCCACCAGUCAGGCAGGGGCUAGCCCGAAUAUCCAGGAAGAAGCCAUUCCAGCAGGACAAACAGGAGUGAACACUAACAUGCAGGUCACCACAGAGGGCCAGCUCUCAACUCCUGGUGUCACGGAUGAUGACUUUGAAGUGACCACCACUUUGGGCAUCCAAAAGGUCACACACACUCCUGAGAAGACCACCACAGGGUCACCAAAUUGAAUUCACUAAGAUGCAUCAAAGUUUUUCAACUAAACAGCCUCAAAUUUGGUGGCACGUGUGAAUCACUUUUACUAACUACACUACAGAAUAGAUUGAGACACGCUAGAGGGUCUCAGAAGAAACUCAGUGUACCUUAAAACUUGCUUUGAAAUUCAGAAAACAUGUUAAAUGUAGAAAAUACUAACUUCUGAAAAAGAAUAGUUGAACGGGUAAAUUUGUCUUUGAAAUAUUACAUUACACCGCUGGAAGAUUCGUGUAUUAAAAUAUAUGUUGAAAACUGA